AAACGAGAAGACAACAGUAAUGGCCGCCAAUUUUUGCGUGCAUGCUCAGACACCUUUACUUGUUUGUACACUUCAAAAUGCUGAUGGCUGAAUGCGAAAUCUGAUCAACACUUGUACAUUUUUACGUUUUUUUGUACAGAUAUAUAUGAUUUAUUUCAAAGAAACGUUUAUAUAGAAGUUGGUGUUGGCAUUUCGGACCAAUAUUGAACGUGUUGCCAGGGAAGCUUUCAGUUGGAUGAUAUCAGGGAAGAUUUCACUUUGAUGCCGAACUAAGACUGUUGGAUAUCUACUCAGCAAUUUGUUACAGAUGAACCCUUGAUAUUUCAUCAGCAUUCCUGCUUGUGUCCGACCUACUGUUUUAUUCAUGCUGAACAGAUAAAACUGUAUGCUUUGAACUCCUACUACAAUCUCCAUCAUCAUGAGGGUGUCUGGUCUGGUUCCUGCACGUUUCCUAACGCUUGUUGCUCAUCUGAUCAUUGUCAUUGUCAUAUUUUGGUCCAGAGAUGAAAAUAUCAAAAUGUGUCUACCUGAAUCCUACACACAAGCACAAUAUGAUCUCAAAGACACACAGUUGAUCAUUGGCUUGUCCGUCACUCUCGGGUUGUUUUUCGUGGAGCUGGUUGGUUUUAUUGGAGGGGUCACGAUGUUCAUGCCGUUCCAGAGUUUACUGUCAACGUGUGCUCACUGCGGAGCUGCUGUGGCAUUGUCCUACUUCCUGUUUGACGCCUGGCCUUGCGACUGGUACUGGUACAUCUUUGGAUUCUGCAGCGCAUUCCCGGGAUUGACAGAAAUCAUAACCAUCAUCGGUGUGUUAGCGUUUAAAAAAGGAUACUGAGCACUAGCACAAACACCAUCACGGGAAGUCCACGAGUGCUGUCAGAUCAUGAGGAUUAUAUAUUGACAGGGCAGUUUAAUGUUUGUCUGUGAUAAGGCAUCGUCUCUAACUGCUUUGUUUUGGAUCAUCUUUUCAACAGCAUGUGGGACCAUUAUCAAUACUUCAUGGGUUGCACACACUUCGUUCCUACUUGUGACUAUGGACAGCUGAUGUGUGGUGUGGGGGCACGGGUGGCCCAGUCGUCUAAGACGCCGCGAUUCGCUUUGCAGAGUUGCGUCCCUUGGGCAUGCCAGAAACCUACGAUUGUGGGUUUGAAUCCUGGUUCUCCACGAUUAUGUUUCUAG